AGUUGAGGUCUGGGGCCUAUUUACCCAAGUUAGUGAUAGGGGCCUGCGGAAACAUGAAAAGGGUAAAUAGCUGUGUGAAAAGUGAAGAACAUGUCCUGGAGGAACUGGAAACAGAAGGUGAGAGGCAGCUGAAGAGCCUCCUUCAACAUCAACUCGAUACCUCUGUCUCCAUUGAAGAAUGUGUCUCUAAGAAAGAGAGUUUUGCCCCUGGUACUAUGUACAAGCCCUUUGGGAAGGAAGCAGCUGGGACAAUGACUUUGUCCCAGUUCCAGACACUACAUGAAAAAGACCAGGAAACUGCUUCUCUCAGGGAACUAGGGCUCAGUGAAACAGAAAUAUUGAUCUGGAAAGGCCACGUUUCAGGUGAAAAGAGGACAAAGCUAAGGGCAACUCCCGAAGCAAUACAGAAACGGCUUCAAGAUAUUGAAGAAAGGAUCUCAGAGCGCCAGCGUAUCCUUUGCCUGCCACAGAGGUUUUCAAAGAGCAAACAACUGACCCGGAGAGAAAUGGAAAUCGAAAAAUCCUUAUUUCAGGGGACUGAUCGUCACUCCUUCCUUAAGGCUCUUUAUUACCAAGAUGAACCCCCAAAGAAGAACAAAGGUGAUCCCAUGAACAACCUGGAAGGUUUUUACCACGAGGCUAUAAUGAAAAAACGUCUUGAAGAGUUCCAACUUAUGAGAGGUGAACCCUUUGCUUCCCACUCACUGGUCUCAGCUACAUCAGUGGGUGAUAGUGGCACAGCUGAGAGCCCAUCACUACUCCAGGACAAGGGGAAACAGGCAGCACAGGGUAAAGGCCCCAGUCUCCAUGUGGCAAAAGUUAUUGAUUUUCCACCUGAGCAAUGUUGGACUGGGCCUAAGAAGCUGACGCAACCAGUAGAAUUUAUCCCAGAAGAUGAGAUCCAGAGAAAUCGUUUGUCAGAGGAAGAGAUCCGAAACAUUCCUGUGUUUUCUUCAUAUAAUCCAGGGGAACCAAACAAGGUGCUAUAUCUGAAGAACCUUAGUCCUCGGGUGAAAGAAAAGGACCUUAUCUCAUUAUUUGCUCGGUUCCAGGAGAAAAAGGGACCACCCAUUCAGUUCCAAAUGAUGACAGGACGCAUGAGGGGACAGGCUUUCAUCACCUUUCCUAAUAAAGACAUAGCAUGGCAAGCAUUGCAUCAAAUAAAUGGAUAUAAACUCCAUGGGAAAAUACUGGUGAUACAGUUUGGAAAAAACAAAAAGCAACAGUCAGCUGUUCAGGGUGCUUCCAUUAUAACAUCUGCUACAGAAAACAGUACAGAAACCAGUGGUAGCUAGAAAGCCACAUCUACCUACACAGACAUACAUAUUUGGAUAUGUAUGCAUAUAUGUAUGUAUGUAUAUAUGUAUGUAAACUCACACUCAGAUGAUAUUUUUUAUCAUAAUCUUAGAUCUAGGAUAUAUAUAUAUAUAUAUAUAUAUAUAUAUCUCCAAUUUCUUUAAAAUUAAAGAGGAAAUAUCAGAAAGACAGUAAUUAGGACAGUGGCUUUCAGCAUUUGGAGAAAAUUGGUAAAAAUUUUUUCUAUAAUUAAAUACUGUAUAAUAUAUGAAAACAUUAUUUUAAAUUAACAAUAUCCUCAUUGUUAAAUAAAAUAAUCAAACAUUAUAUAGGGCAUAUAAUAGCCUGAGUAUUAAGAUCAUAUGAAAACCUUUAAUUCUCGGGAUAUAUUACAUAGGAUUGUUCCUGAAGAUUCUGAAAAUUCUUUAACAUUUUUGCAGUCUUCAGUGUUUAGUCCUAGAGAUAACACCUUUUCUAGGACUGUUCCUAGGACUGUCCCUGAAUGCAAAGUUUUAAAACUAAUCCAGUGUUAAAAUAUUUAUUUACUAGAACUCACUUGUGUUUUGUCAGAACUUUCAACAGCUAUUAAAUAGGUAGAUUCAUGAGUUUAUCAACAUAUUUAAUGAUUUCUUCCACACCAAGUUUUCAGAGUCCUCAAAAAGAUAUGUUAUUCUGACAUCUUUUAAACCAAAAUAUUGAAUUCAAAACAAUAAACAUUAAACAUGGAGUACCUGCCUAGUUAAUAUUAGUUAUAUGAACUUUUAAGAGGAAAUGAAAUAGCAAAAAGUACUAAAGGGACAUGGAAAGAAGGUUCUUUAGAAUAAAGGCCCUACCUCAAAUCCCCUAAUGAUUUGUUUAUAGUUGUUGCAGAAAAGAAACAUAAUAUGGUACAGACAUAGUGCCAGCUUUGGAGUCAGACCUGUGGACCCUCAUAAUCUCUUAUGUUUACUACCUUGAACUUAGAAAGUCACUUAAUGUGAGCCUCAUUUGUCUCAUCUAUAAAGAGUAAUAUUGCUACUUACCUCACUGAAUAAGGGUUAAAUGAGAUUGUAUUAUCCAAAGUAAGGAGCAAGGGAAAAGAUUAAGGAAAUGUAGGAAACUCUCUUAAGGAUAUCAAACAACAUAUAAAAAGAAUUCCAUUUUAAAAGAAAAAAAGGUGCAUAAAAAUACUACCAGAGGACUAGCAAAAUGUCUUAGUGGGUAAAGGCAUUUGCCAAUAAACAGGAAGACCUGAGUUCAAAUACAUGCUAGAAGGAAAGAAUUCCAAUAAGUUGUCUCUAAUGUUCAGAAGUAUAUACUAUGGCAAGCAUAUUCACACAUACACAGGCACACAAACACACACACACACAUACACAUAAACAGAUAAAUAUUUUUAAAACUUAAAGAAAUAAUGGUUAUACAUACUUCAAAUUGAGCAAAAAAGGUAGAGCCAAUCCAAAAGCCAUGCAAACCUCAGCUACAUUAUAAUAAAAUGCUAUAACUCAAGAGACAUAGAAAAUAAUGACAGUAACCCAAGAAAGCUGAGGGUUAUUUGUCAUAUAACUCUAACUAAAUUAACAGUUAGCUUCUCAUCAGAAAUAAGAAUGGUCGCCUAGGCAUGUUCUUGUUCUUUCAACUAUUCAGGAGGCUGAGGCAGGCAUUGCACCCCGAUUCAGAACCAGUCUGUGUAAAACAGUGGACCCUGGCUCAAAAACCAAAACUAAGAAAAAGUGACACAAAUGUGAUCUUAGAAAUUGCCCACCUAAUUUUUAAAAGCUGGAGAAUUUGUUGCCAGCAGAUCACACAAGACAUGAAAAAGUACCUUUGUCAAGCUGAAAGCAAGUAACCUUAAAGAAUAAUUUGAAUCUACACAUAGAACAUAGACAAAGGUGAUUGUGUGACUGUAAAAGAAAACCUUGAAUUCUUUUUUCUUAUUCUGUUAACUAAACUAAUCUUUCUUUUUUGUGUGUUUUCUGAGACAGUUUCUCUGUGUAGCCUUGGCUGGGCUGCCCUUGAUCACUCUGUAGACCAGGCUGGUCUCAAACUCACAGAAAUCUGCCUGCCUCUGCCUCCUGAGUGCUGCGAUUAAAGACAUGCACCACUACACCUCUCCCUCUCCCUCUCCUUCUCCUUCUCCCUCUCCCUCUCAUCCCUCUCCCUCUCAUCUCUCUCUCUCUCUCUCUCUCUCUCUCUCUCUCUCUCUCUCUCUCUCUCUCUCUCUCUCUUUCUCUCUCAGUUUUUUGAGUUAGGGUUUCUCUGUGUAACCCUGGCUGUCCUACAUCCGGGUCUGUAGACCAGACUAGCAUCAAACUCAGAAAUCUUCUCUCCUCUACCUCCCCAAUGUUAUAUUUCUGUUAAUUUCUAUUUAAAAGUUACAUUAAGUUGCACAUAGUUGCAUUGUAUUUGCUAUAACAUAAAAGUCAAUGUAUUUGCCAUUAAUAGGACAUAAAGUCCUGUUAAUGCUGUAUUUUAUUUAAAAAUGCAUAAAUCUAUAGGAAAAAAUAAAGGAGAAAUAAGAUGGCAACAUUCUACAAGUCUAUAAAAAUAAUUCAGCUUCCUGAAUGUACAGAAGUAUGUUAAGUGAUAAUUAUAAUGUAUUGUUAGCCCUGUAACAUGUAGAAAUAGUCUGCAUAGCUGUCAUACGCCCAAGUAUGAAAUAAGGAAACAAAAAUACUAGAGAUAAAAAUCCAUUUUUUGUUGUUUAAAAGAUCGAUCUUUUAAGAUGUAACAAUUGUAAUCACAUAUUCUUGACAAUAGAGCCCCAAAAUAACCUCAAGCAAGGUAACAAAGUAAAGAAUGAAAGGAGAAAUAGACAAUUCUCAAAAAAGUGUCCCCUUUCUAAUAAAAGUGCAACACAGAUGAGAAACAACAAAGCAGACUGCUUCAACACUGUAAGCCAAAUAGAUCUGAAAGAUAGCUAUAGAACAUACUACCCUAGAACACUAGAAUAUAUAUUUUCAUCCCAUGCACAUGAAACAUCUUUAGGCUAGAUCAUGAGCUGAACCAUAAUACAGUUAUUAAUAAUACAAACAGACUGAAGUAAGACAUAUUCUCUGACCAUGUGGAAGGAAGUUACAAAUCACUCACAAUAAAUUGUGAAACUCAUGAAAAAGUGAAAAUUAAUGACACUUCAUAACAGAUAGGUCAAUAAAGAAACAGAAAAGAAGGGCUGGAAAAAUGGCUCAGUAUACAAGAGUGCUGGCUGCUCUUACAGAGGAGCUAAGUUUAAUUCUGAGCACUGACAUUAAGUUGUUCACAGCCACCUUUUUCUAUGUGGGAAAUGUUUAGAGAUAAGCCUACUUAAUGAGAAGAAAGAUCAUUUAAUAGUAAUUCAGUUUAUAUCUUAAGCUGUAAGAAAAUAAUAGCAAACUAUAUCUAGAACAAAUAGAAAAAUGGGAAAACAUGCAAAAUAUAUGGGAGAGUGGAAAAGACACCAACAGUACAGGCACAUGCUGGAGAGGAUGUGGAGAAAGGGGAAACCUUCUGCACUGCUGGUGGGAAUGUAAAAUUGCACAACCAGUUUUGAAAUCAAUCUGGAGCUUUCUCAGAAAACUGGGAAUAGCAAUACCUCAAGACCUAGCUAUACCACUCCUGGGCAUAUAUCCAAAAGGUGCUCAACCAUGUUCAUCGCAGCUUUAUUUGUAAUAGCCAGAAUCAGGAAACAACCUAGAUGUCCCUCAACUGAAGAAUGGAUACAGAAAUUGUGGUACUUUUACACAAUGGAAUACUACUCAGCAGUUUAAAACAAGGAAAGGAAGAAAUUUGCAGGCAAAUAGUGGAAACUAGAAAAGAUCAUCCUGAGUGAGGUAACCCAGAAGCAGAAAGACACACAUGGCAAAUACUUACUUAUAUGUGGAUAUUAGUCAUAUAAUAUAGGACAAACCCACUAAAAUUUAUAGUCCUAAAGAAGCUAAACAACAAGGACGACCCUAGGGAAGAGGCUUAAUCCUCUUUCAAAAGGGCAAACAGGAUAGACAUCUGAAGUGGAAGAAGAUAGAGAACAGGACAGGAGCCUUCAACAGAGGGCCUCUGAAAGACUACCCAAUAAGCAGAGGCUAAGACUCAGCCAAACUUUGGGCAGAGUGCAAGGAAUCUUAUGGAAGAAGGGGAGAUAGACCUGGAGGGACAGGAGCUCCACAAGGAGACCAAAAGAGCCAAAAAAUCUGGGCUCAGGGGGUCCUGCAGAGACUGAUGAAUCAGCCAAGGACCAUGCAUGGAGAAGACUUAGACCCCCUGCUCAGAAGUAGCCCAUGGCAGCUCAGUCUCCAGCUGGGUUUACUAGUAAGGGGAGCAGGGGCAGUGUCUUACAUGGACUCAGUGGCCUAACUAGGCCUCUUUGAUAACCUCUCUCUGGCGAGGUGGCCUAACUAGGACACAGAGAAAGAUAAUCCAGAUAGUCCUGAUGAGACUGAUCAGCUAGGAUCAGAUAGGGGAGGAGGACCUACCCUUUCAGUGAACUAAGGGAGGGACAUAGGUGGGGGAAAGAGGGAGGGAAGGUGGAACCAGGAGGAGAUGUGGGAGGAGACAACAGCCAGGAUAAAAAGUUAAUAAAUUGUAGUUAAUGAUAAUAAUAACAAUAAAGAACAAAAUGGGAGAGUGGAAAACAACAGAGGAAAAGCAAUGAAUCCAAGUAAAAAAGUAGUAAACUUUUGCUAGAUAUAGCAGGAAUUGGUAGACUAUAAUUAUUAAAAUGAUAAAGAGAGGAAAGUCUAUUACUACUGACCUUUGAAAAGUAAGAGAUGUAUGAGGGAAUACUAUUAUACUUGUGGCAAUAAAUUUACUUACCCAAAAUGAACAAAUUUCUAGAAAGAACAAAAUAUAGGAAGUCAGAGUAGACCUAAUAACUAAUAGAUUAAAUAAGUAACAGGACAGAUACCCACAAAGAUACCCAUACUUAAGUUGCUUUUUAUUUCAAUUCUAGAAUACUACUGAAUGUUUAAUAAAACAGAAAUCCAAUUUAUCCACAAGCUGUUUUAAAAAUAAAAACACUUCUGAGAAAUAAUCCUACAACAUGGAGGAACCCUGAGAAUCUAUUCAGUCAUAGAAACCAGUCGCUGAUGAUGACAAAUUCUAGAAUUCCAUGUAUAUGUAGCAUCCGUAAUUGGUAUAUCUGUGUAUAUAUAUAUAUAUAUAUAAAUAUGCAUGCAUACAUAUAUAAUACAUACAUAUAUAGCAGUAAAUGAUAGGCAGGGAAAACUAGAGUGGAUAGGAGUUCUUUACUAGCCGAUGAAAUGUUCAUAAAUUACCUUAAUGGUUGUAUAACAAUAAAUAUACCAAGUGGGUAAAUUUUGUGGUAUGUUAAUUAAAUCUCAGUGAACCUGAAAAAACAAAACAGGAAAUUGGAGAUGAUCCAAAUGCCCAUCUGUCAACAUGAGUGGCUUAUGACUUAUGUCACAUACUCAUUUAGUAGGAUACUAUGAAGCCUUUCAAACAAUAGAUUAUACCUAUGAAUAUUUUGUGACUUGUACUCAUAUCUAAGAUUUUAUAAGUUAUAGAGUAAGAUGUAUGUAUGUUUAAGAUGUGUGUAUAGUAAGGACACAAUUUAAGCAAAUAGUUCAUGUGUGUAAUUUGUAGAGAUAAUUUCAAACAAAUGUAGAAAAGAAAUAGGAAAUGUAUAUACAGGCUGUAAACCUUCUGGAAGUGGGUCAAUACAAGCUAAAAAAAUACCUUCACCUUGUGAAGAUUUUUAGGUGGUGUGAUUUGGAGUGGUUUUUUUACCUUUUUCACUAUUUUUUUUUAAAAAGUAAUUUUUAAAAUAUUCUUACAAACACUUGGCUUCCAGAAUAUUUGUCAGACCUACUCAGAGGAUUUCUGACUUUACUCAGGACAAACUUGUGUUCAUUUUCUCUAUUGCUCACAUGAUUAAUGCUCCAAUUUUUGAAAGAGUUUAAGCGAUGAGAAGUGAAAUCUAGUUACAGCCUCUUGAACAUGUUACCCUGGUCAUACUUCUCAGCCAGGUUUCCCAAAAGGGACUGCUUCCUCUCAGGUGGGAAACCUUACCUCCUCAUUACUAGACCUAAAGACCACUUAAAAAUGGAGAAAAUAUAAUAGAGGAGACCUUUCAACUGGUGCAGAGAUACAGAAACUGGUAUAUCCAGACAACAAAAUUCUACUCAGCAAUAAAAACUGAGGAACCAUGUAUUAACAACUUAGAUAAAUCAUAAGUGUAUUUUACUAAGUUGAAGACGUCAAACUCAAAUGGCUGCUUACUGUUAUAUUUACUUGUGUGAUUUUCAGAAAGGGUGAAGCAAUAAGGCUGAAAAACCAGUAGCUAUCAAGUGUUCGCACAAGGGAUUUUUUUUUUUAAUAAUGAGAACUUUCUGUAUGUUGUUUGUAGUUACAAUGUGUAUGGUUUUUGUUAAAACUCAGAAUUAUACACCAAAAGAAUGAAUUUUAAUGUGUGGAUUUUUAAAAAUAAAAGCAAUUUUUAAUGAAA